AUGGCGCUUCAUCCAGUGUUCCAGAUUGCUGGAAAGGUUCUUGUCCUUUUGCCGUCUACUAGGUUCAGUGAACACCUCCUUCAAAGUGACGAGUAUGAGUUGCUUCCCCGAGAUUUCGGAUUGUCUCUGGAAGAUUUGGAGAAGGUGGUGGCUUUCCUAAGGAAAUUGUGGUUAUACUUAAUAUACUAUCGCUUUACUGGAGAGUCACUCCUGAACGUUUUGAAGUCUUGCCUUCCUUCUCCAUACGUUGACAUUGUCUCAAGCAUUUGGCACUCGGAAGGGCCAAGUAUUUUCACCUACUUCGCCCGACAAACUGCAUCGGACAAAAGCCGUGUGAGGGAUAUUUCAUGGAGUAUAUGGAUGCAAAUUGCCAGCAGUCAACCUACAGAAAGAGAUGGAGAGCUCGGUGUUCAAUUGAAUGUUUCGACUGAAAGAGGAACACUAUCACUAUAUCUCUCACCACACGAAGUGGCAGCUCUUCAUCGUGAAACCGUUCGCAUUCAAGCCGAGAUUGAUAAGCUGCUUGAAGGGCCAUAA